AUGCAGGGGAGCGUGCGCGCAAUCAGGAGUUUAGCUCGGCAGUUUCGAACAAUGUCAGUUGAAAAGAUAUACUACCCACGAAAGGUGCAGACGGCGGCAUCGGAUGCGUCGUUGACGCUCAACCACACCAGUUUCCGGAUUAAGGACCCCAAGGUGUCGGUACCCUUCUAUGAGAAGCACUUCGGGAUGCAGCUCUUGCAAAAGCUGGAGUUCCCGGAACAGCAGCGCGAUGUCUACGUGAUGAGCUUCCCCAAGCAGGUGAACAAGCUGGAGAACGGCGCGCCGGGCAUCUUCCAUCUGAGCGGCACAUUGCAUCUUGCGCACAGCCACGGAACAGAGAAUGACGCGGGAUACCGGCCCAACAAUGGUAAUGAGGAGCCUCACCGUGGCUUUGGACACAUCUGCUUUUCGGUGGCAGACCUGCCCAAAGAGUGCGAGAGGCUGGAGGCAGAGGGCGUAGCGUUCAAGAAGAGGAUGUCGGACGGGCGCCAGAAGAACAUUGCGUUUGCGCUGGACCCCGACGGAUACUGGAUUGAGUUGAUACAGUACAACUUGUCGGACGCGGAGCCAGUGGACCUGGGGCCCAAGUUUAACCACACGAUGCUACGUGUGAAGGACGCAACGAAGUCGCUGGAGUUCUACCAGAAUGUGCUAGGUAUGUCGCUACUGGAGGUGAGCGAGCACGCAAAUGCGAAAUUCACCCUCUACUUCCUGGGGUAUCCGGCAGCGGACGAGCGGUUGAAGCGCGAGAGCAUUCUGGAGCUGACGCACAAUUGGGGGACCGAGGAUGACGCCGACUUCUCGUAUCACAACGGGAACGCAGAGCCCACGGGGUACAGCCACAUGGGUGUGUCGCUCAGUGACCCUGCGCCUCUUUGCGCUGACAUCGAGGAGACGUACCCGGACCUGGAGUGGGAGUUGCGCUACAACAAGGGGUCUAUCAAGAAUCUCGCCGUCCUCAGAGACCCCGAUGGAUACCAUAUCCAGGUGUUGCCAAGGACUUGGUCUUUGUAA